CUCUUUCUUUCCGCUUCUCAACCUAUGAAAACAUUUUUAAAACAAUUUUUCUGCUCUCAGAAUUCGAUCAAGACUUGGGCGCGAGACCACAGAGUUCACCACAAGUAUGUGGACACAGACGCCGACCCCCACAACUCACGGCGGGGAUUUCUCUACUCUCACAUAGGCUGGAUCUGCCUGAAGAAACACCCUGAAGUCAAAGAGAAAUUCAAACUGGUGGACCUCUCCGACGUGAUGAACGACCCGGUGGCCGCUUUCCAGCACCGCUACUAUUGGCCUCUGGUCAUCACCUUCAACAUCAUCAUCCCGGUGAUGGUGCCAGUGCUUUACUGGGGGGAAACGUUCUACGUCUCCUUCUUUAUGAGCGUUUUGAGGUACCUUUGCGUGCUGAACGGCGCGUUUUUUAUCAACAGCGCCGCCCACAUGUGGGGGACCAAGCCGUAUGACGCGACCAUCAACCCGACGGAGAACGAGGGUGUCUCCAUCCUAGCGUGGGGGGAGGGCUUCCACAACUACCACCACACGUUCCCCUACGACUACGCCGCUAGCGAGCUGGGUGGGAGGCUCAACCUGGCCACCAUGUUCAUCAAUCUAAUGGCAAAGAUCGGGUUAGCCUAUGACUUGAGAUCCCCGCCAAAGGAGUUAGUUUUGAGGAGGAAGCAACGAACGGGAGAUGGGUCGAGAGGAUAGGCAGAUCGACUGCGUUCGUCGACGUGAGAAAAUAUUGAAGAUUCGGAUCAACCCAAAUUUCCCCUCUCUUUUCUUAUUUUGAACAUAACGUUCUAAGAACUUAAUAAUCACAACCUAGUGGCUAAGUUGAAACACUGAUUUUACAAAAAAAAACUACAACAACAUAUUUAAGCACCAGGAAUAUAUACACGGAUGUUUGUUUCGAUUCGCUGAAUACAUUUUUUAUUCCAAAGAUCCCAAACUAUCAUGGUACCUAUUUAUCAUCUGUUUAAGUGCUCUACUGGUACCUAAGACUAAGAGGCCCAGACCUUUGAUGUAACGGUGAUCCCCAAUAAGAUCGAGCUAAAUGGAUAUAUAGAAUUAUGAAAACACGCUGAUCGAACAAUCAGAGUUGAAAGAGCACGCUCUAUUGGGGCUCAUCGUAACACAGACUCAUACUAUCUGAAGUAAGGGAGCUCAAGAACAUCUAAUCGAAAGGGUCUAGGUUUUAUCUUUAAAUAUCUAACUGUCUCAAGAUGUGCGUACUUGAAAUUUUUGUGUAUGUUUCUUCUUUAGCAAAAACAAAACGAUCACCGCUGGGACUUAAAGAUUUCACGUACGGUACCCCCCUCCCGUACCCCCCCCCUUUCCAAUACAUUGAUAAAAAUAUCAGGUUACAAAAAAUAUGUGUGAAGAUGAUGUGCAAAGUCCAAAUCUCUUGGAACAAAACAAUAUUUCACUUUGGAUUUGAAUAAAGAUCAUUGUUGGAAGA